CAUCAAAUAGAAACGUAAGUUUGGUCCGUGGGGAGAGGCAACUGUUAUGGAAGUGGUUGCCUCUUGAAUUUACUUCACUGUGUUUUGACUCACUCUAUGUGGGAUAGCGUAUUUGGGGAUUCACUGCUUGUUAAAUUAGUUUAGGGAUAUAGAGACUGAGCGAAGAGCCCGGCGUGAAAUAGAAAAGCCUCUCUGGAAAGAGCUCGCGCGUUAUUUAUUUUCUCCUGACCGCUUCAUGUUUGUGGACAGCGCGACAAGACGUACGCAGUUUUCGACUUGUGCACGUUAAAACUGAGUUUCUAUGAUAAAGUUUGUUAUAGGCGGGGUAAAUUAAGUUUUAACAAGCUCACACGGUGCUCGUUGGAUUCGUGGAGUUCAACUAUAGCCUAGCCGACGCUCGCUCAAAACAAUCAGUUAUAUCUUCACGUAAAUACAUGGAUUGUAGUAUAUGGCCCCCGUCUGCUUUUGCAAAAUGCAAUGGGACUAACUGAGGCCUUUGGACCGCCAGAAUAUCUUUGCUUCGCUUUCAAGCCUGAUGAACAGGUCUGGCAAGGACAGUCAAAAAUGUGAACCGGUGAUUGAUACUCGACCAGAUUAUUUGUGCACCAGUAGCAAUGGAGCGGAGCAAACGCAACUCCAUUGCUGGGUUCCCCAUGCGGCCAGAUCGGCUGGAGGACCCUGAUUGUGGAGGAGGAGCCGAAACCAGUCCGGCACCGCUGGACAGGGUCUGUCCCUCGUCUUACCGGGCUCUCAUCAGUGCCUUUUCUUGCCUGACCCGACUUGAUGACUUCAUCUGCGAGCGUAUUGGAUCUGGGUUUUUUUCUGAGGUCUACAAGGUGCGCCACAGAGCUUCGGACCAGGUGAUGGCUCUAAAGAUGAACAAGCUGAGCAGUAAUCGUGCCAACAUGCUGCGAGAAGUUCAACUCAUGAACAGGCUCUCUCACCCCAACAUACUCAGAUUUAUGGGAGUGUGUGUGCAGGAAGGUCAACUCCAUGCUCUCACAGAGUAUAUUAAUGGUGGCAACUUGGAGCAGCUGCUGGACAGCAAUAAGUACCUGAGCUGGGCCACGCGGGUCAAACUGGCUUUAGAAAUUGCCAUGGGCCUCAGUUACCUACACUCCAAGGGCAUUUUUCACAGAGAUCUCACCUCCAAGAACUGCCUGAUCAAGUCUGAUGAGAAUGGCUACACUGCGAUUGUUGGAGACUUCGGCCUUGCUGAGAAAAUCCCCAGUCAUGAUUUCGAGGGGGAGAAGCUGUCCGUGGUGGGAUCCCCAUUCUGGAUGGCUCCAGAAGUGUUGAGAGACGAGCCAUAUAAUGAGAAGGCUGAUGUCUUUUCGUAUGGCAUUAUUUUGUGUGAGAUAAUUGCAAGGAUACAGGCUGACCCUGACUACCUACCACGCACUGAAAACUUUGGCUUAGAUUACCAUGCCUUCCAGCACAUGGUUGGAGAUUGUCCUUCAGACUUCCUGCAGCUUGCCUUCAACUGUUGCAAUAUGGAUCCAAAGCUCAGGCCCUCGUUCCCAGAUUUAGUAAAGAGGCUGGAAGAAAUCCAGAAAAAACUGAAAGCUGAUGAAUCCGAGAGGGAGAGGAUGCUACUAACUGCCGGAGAGGUGGAGAAAAAACCCUUGCCUAAAGGUCCAGGUGAAAAGGGUAUAAAGAGGUUAAAUCCUCUUGUUUUUCAGGAUGAUAAGAUUCCACCCAAGUCCCCCCGUCCACGUCGCAACAUAUGGCUUUCUCGUAGCCAAUCUGACAUUUUCUCUCGUAAGCCCGCUCGCAAAGUGAAUGUCCAGGACCCUUACUACAACCCAGGACCCAGGGGCUUCAUACACGGGCAGCCGAAAGUCAACCCUUUCAGUGCCCGAGAGGACUUAAAAGGUGGCAAGAUCAAGUUUUACGACAUGCCCAGCAAAUCGGUCUUCUCGCUCAUGUUUGAUUUGCACUCGCCUCGCGGCAGUCAAAGUUCAUACCAGCCCCAUCCCAACAUCAGCUCGGGAGCCUCCGGAAACAACUGCACCCCGACCUGGCCGGAGACCUGGCAGCUGCCCGGUCGCCUGUGCCGCUCGCUCCCAGUCUCUCCCCAGCUGCCCCACUCGGAUGUCUUCUUCUCACCUCACCCAACGUCCAAGAGCGAGGCCGGACAACCCAGCGGCGAAAGCAAGCAAAAAGCAUUGAGCAGCUGGGCUAAGAAGUACGCUGUUAACGAGAUCCCUCCGUACAAACCGCGAGCAGAAAGGCAGGAGGAGGUGGGAGCGGAGGAGGACUGGUCGUCUCUGGUACCCUCUGAAGGAGGAGAAGCGGAGGCCAUGGACUGCUCCAGCAGCAGAGGAAGCCCUGCGGAUGAUAAGGACACAAUCUUCAGCCAGAUACAGAACGGCAGCCUCGGCGGCUUAUGCGAAGACAUGGAGGCCGAAGACCAGGAUGGCUUGAUGAUCUCCAACAAGAACUCACUCACGCUGAGCAUGUCCGUAGAGCCACAGGAACUCUGUCCGAUAGUCCUAACAGCCUGCAAAGCCACAUCUUCAGGAGAACGCAUCUCCAGAUGUGACAUCUAGAUGGUUAAAAGGGCAUACGCCAGCCACGCUUUCUCGAGUUUGAACUGAUAAGAUGCCACACGAACAGAGAUUAUAUUGGUUAAAUAUUUAAUACGAAUAUAAGUUGUAUAUAUUUUGUCCUUCGGGGGAUGUAAACCCUUGUAACUUAAGCUAAAAGGGCGGCUUGGAUUUAUCGAAAGAGCAGGAAAAGAGGUGUGAAACACUGAUCCGGUCCAUGUGGUAGUAAUUGCUCAUCACACUAUGGAAAAUAUUCAUUGGACGUCACCUCACACAGGGCUAAUAAUGAGACACAAUCUGUGAUUUGUUUUUUUUUUUCUUGACAAUACAUGCUAUUGGUUGCACGUACCACAUAUGCUGUUUUUAUUUUGUACACCAACUGUAUGCGGUUUCUACGCGUUUGAUUGUGUAGAAUUCAUCGAAGAACAAAUGUCUUUGGAGAAAGGUGAUUGAGUCUUUUUGCACUGCAUGGGCUUAGAAAAUCCGCAGCAAACAUUCCACGUCGUCUCGCAUCUUAAUAAGCUCCUGUUUUGAUCCUACGCUAAACUGGGUGUGUGCCACGGUAAUUUCAAAACGAGGAUCAUUUUCGCUCUUUGACCUCUCAGGUCUUCAAAAACUAAAAAGUCCAUGUCUGUAUCUACUUAAAAUCGUAAUUGCACUUGAAAUAAGUUAAAUGGUUUGAACCUUUUUUUUUUUAUUUUAUCUAUUAUUUGUCACUACAUUUCUAUGCAAUAAAUUUAACCAAGGCAUGAUAGUUUUAUAGAGAUGAUUUAUUUUGAUAUUUAUGAGAAGAAAAAGUAAUUUUACUAUGUCUGUGAACUGUUUAAACUGUGUUGUUUAUAUAAACUGAUUUCUGUACAUGUUGAAAAAUGGUCAGUUUAUGCUAGUUUGUUCUUAACUCUUUUCCUGCUUUGUCCUGACUGUUUUUUUUUUCAACACUUUUAGAUUGUAGAUUUGUAACUGAUUCAGAGAUGUAUAUUUGUACCAAAGACAGAUCAGGACUUAUUUUCCCAAUUUAUAUGGCUUUAGUUGUUUAAAUGCAUGUGUGUAUUCCCAAUUGUUUAAAAUAAAUUCAGAAUGUCUUAUUGGUA